AUGUCCCUGACCAGGGCUGAGAGGACCAUCAUCGUGUCCAUGUGGGGCAAGAUCUCCACACAGGCGGAUGCCAUCGGCACCGAGGCCCUGGAGAGGCUCUUCGCCAGCUACCCGCAGACCAAGACCUACUUUCCGCACUUCGACCUGCACGCGGGCUCGGCGCACCUGCGCGCGCACGGCUCCAAGGUGGUGGCCGCCUUGGGCGACGCGGUCAAGAACAUCGACAAUGUGGCGGGCGCGCUGGCCAAGCUCAGCGAGCUGCACGCCUACAUCCUGCGCGUGGAUCCGGUCAACUUCAAGCUGCUGUCCCACUGUGUGCUGGUCACCGUGGCCUCGCACUUCCCGGCCGACUUCACCGCCGAGGCCCACGCCGCCUGGGACAAGUUCCUGUCCCUCGUGUCCAGCGUCCUGACCGAGAAGUACCGCUGAUCCCCGGGGACAGGCUGAGACCCUUCUUCUUUCCCGAACCCUCCCACAAUUCCUUCAGGGACUUACCAAUAAAUG